UGGUGGGAACAAAAAUCCGAGACGACAUAUCGGUUUCGUCCUGCAGACCGCACAGCGAUCGACACAGUAUCACGCCUGUCUCACUGCUGAAGCAUCAACCGGUCCACAGUAGUUCGCACAUAAUACGACAUGAUCACCGCCGCGACGUCGGGUUGCCGCGAUCGCGAUUUACGGAAGUCCAACGGUCGUCGUCCGGCGGCGGAGGUGAUGAUGGUUAUAUUCAUGCUAGCGCUGGGGCUGUUAUCGCUACUUGAGCCGGCGGUCGAUUGUCGACGGGCCGUCAAGCACAGACACCAUUGGAGGGCGAACUUGAUCAAAAACUAUUUGAAGAACCACAAGAGUCUCGAGGGAAUGGUGAGACUAGUCGACGGCGAAUCCGAGUACGAAGGUAACGUGGAGAUCAUGCACCUUGGAAAAUGGGGCGCCAUCUGCGAUGACGAAUGGGAUGCGCGGGAAGGCCAAGUGGUGUGCAGACAACUCGGUUACAACGGCACGUCGAGGGUUACGCAUAGUUCGCACUUCGGUCAAACAGCCAGAAAGUAUUGGAUGGACAAUACUCAGUGUGGCGGUCAAGAGAUGGAAAUUUCUGAGUGCCGGUUUGAUAGUUGGGGCGAGAAUGAUUGUGAUCCGUCCGAGGCAGCUGGCGUGGUGUGCGGUUCACCGGAACCCGAAAAGCCCAAAUACUCUGUGCCUGCAGUGACGGUUUCGGCAAAAAAAGUCGUCCGAAAAAACAGGAUCAAAGACACUUCGGGAUCGGAUAUUCAAUUGCGAUUGGCUGGAGGCAGGACAUCGGAAGAAGGCAGAGUGGAAGCAAAGACUAACGACGGUUGGGGCGUGAUAUGCGGCGACGGGUUCGGAGUGCUAGAAGCGUUGGUCGUGUGCCGUUCCAUCGGGCUUGGGUAUGCAGCAGCCGCCUUCCAAACAGACCGGUUCGGUGGGCUGGAUCUUCCAGUCGUGUUGUCGGCAGUCGAAUGUGCUGGAAACGAAUCGUCGCUUGCUAACUGCUAUCACCAGCACAAGGCAACGUGUUCGACCAGGAAAGAGACGGUAGCCGCGGUCGUGUGUGUCCGAGAAAUGGCGGAUUUGGCAGUGAACACUGACGAACUGAUCAGAUCGGCGUACCUGGAGGACAGGCAGAUGUACUUCUUGCAGUGUGCUAUGGAGGAGAAUUGCCUGGCGUCGUCUGCGUACCAGCUCCGGCGAGACGAGAUCGAUUGGCACUUGAUCACACGGCGGUUGCUGCGGUUUACCGCGAAAAUCACAAAUGUCGGUACCGCUCCGUUCCGGCCGGCCGUGCCAAAACAUCUGUGGCAGUUUCAUCAGUGUCACAUGCACUACCAUAGCAUGGAAGUAUUUGCCACUUUCGACGUGCUAGACGGGGGUGGAAUGAAGGUUGCCGAAGGACACAAGGCGUCGUUUUGUUUGGAAGACAACCAGUGCACGGACGGCGCUAGGCCAGCCUUCGCGUGCGCUGAUUACGGUGACCAAGGCAUAUCGGUCAACUGCUCGGAUAUUUACCGGCAUAACAUCGACUGUCAGUGGGUGGACGUAACUGACCUGAACCCAGGGCUAUAUACACUCAAGGUGUCUGUCAACCCUGAGCACAAAAUCCCGGAGAUGACGUACGCCAACAACGCGGCGGUGUGCUCCAUGUUCUAUUCCGAGACGUUCGUGAAGAUCCACGACUGUGUCCUACAAAAUCCGUAGCGGACAGAAGUUUCGUCAACACCGCUGUUUACAUCGAUUACGCGUUUGUAUUAUAAAUCUCUAUAUCAGUGUGAAUCCGUGUAAACCAAUAUAUUUACACAAUAUUAUAAACGUAUUACGUGUACUACACCGUAUCGCAAAAAUGGUUCCCAAUUUGUUUUUGAAUAACUGUACAUAGCUCCGGUGCACAAUCAAUAAUUAUUUAAUAUCACAGUUUUCGCAAUCGCCUAAAAGUUUGCACAUCUAGUCGUUCGUAUACAUACACCGAUUUUACGUGAUCUACACCUGUUAACGAAAACGAAUAAUUGCGUACAGGACGAAUAACCCAAUCAUUUUUUUUUUUAGUUAAUAUUUUUGAUAUUGAAUCAACUAUGAAAUAAUAUUUUAAAAACAUGCACUUUUUUAUGUUAAAGUUACCCAUAUCGUAAAUAUUAUUAUUUUCAAUUUUCAAUUUAAUAAAGUUAAUUAAAAAAAAAUUGAUUUAAAAGUUUUUACUUUAUGUUGACAUCAACUAAGAAGUAGAUAGAAAUAAAAACUUCUUUUUCCUUUUGUAAAUCAUGAUUAGUUAAAGUUUUUGAACUUUUUGUUAUUAGAUAAGUAUUUAUAUAUAUUUUAACAUUUCAAUUUAAACAAAUGUAUCUAACUAUCUUUAAUGUAAGAAUGUAAUGCAGUUAUUAGAAUCACUAAUGUUAAAAAUUAAAGACGAUAAACUUAUUAUACAAUACAAAAAAAAAUAUUUUUAUCAAUAUAAAAUUAAAUAAUAACUUUUUAACAAUUGUAAUGGUUAAAAUAUGCAUAAAUUCGAUUAUUUUUAUAAUUAUUUUUUUUAUUAUUAUUAUUAUUAAGACCCUCGGCCAUUGAGUUAAUAACGCACCUAUAGGUUGUAUAAGUUUUUAGCAUAUAAUACAUUAUGUAUUAUUACACUUUAAAUUCAAUGAAUUGUAUACGAAAUAAUAAAAGUCAAAUAACUAUUUUUAUACCAUC